CAUCCUCGGGCUUGGACACCUAAAAAGAAUAUAGAUGCCUUGCUCCUGCAGUCUCGGCUGGUAAGAAAUGGCUACCUAACCUUAUCUCAUGCAGGGGGACACCCUUCAAAACCCGAGGAGAUGACGAUGAAAAUAGCGCGUGCCUCUCCCCGCCCACAGCAGAAGCAGGUUGCGUAACUCUCUCAUUUGCUGCUGUGCGCUUCUCAUCUCCAUCACAGCAGUGCGGACAGGAUGGAGGCCCUGUUAAAUGAGUGGCUUUGGCAGGAAGAGUACUGGCUUCCUCCUGGCAUCCGCUGGCAGGACAUUGAGACGAAGGAAGACAAGGGUCGUUUCCCUCUACCCAGGGAUCUCAUCUACACCUUGCCACUGGCUUUUGCCUUUAUAGCCCUCAGAAUUGUCUUUGAGAGGCUCAUCGCCGUUCCAUUAAGCAAACAUUUUAAGGUGAAGGACCGGAUUAGGAUUCAAGCCGCUUCCAUCCCAAAGCUGGAGACCUUCUACAAACAGAACAGUGCGCAACCAUUGCAAAGUGACGUGGUGAGCUUGAGUAAGCAGUGUGGACUUUCCCAGAGAAAGAUCCAGACCUGGUUCAGACAUAGAAGGCACCAGGACCGACCAAGCAACACCAAAAAGUUCUGCGAGGCCUCCUGGCGUUUUGUCUUCUACCUCGCGUCGUUCACUGCGGGGCUCGGCUCUUUAAUUAAUACUCCGUGGUUCUGGGAUCACAGAGAGUGUUGGAGGGGUUAUCCCAAGCAGCCCGUGGCCGAGGCUCAUUACUGGUAUUACAUGUUGGAAAUGGGCUUCUAUUUGUCGCUGCUUCUGUGCGUCUCUGUGGACAUCAAGCGAAAAGACUUCAAGGAGCAGGUCAUUCAUCACAUUGCCACCAUAUUCCUCAUCGGCUUCUCCUACUGUGCCAACUACGUGAGGGUUGGCACGCUGGUGAUGCUGGUGCACGAUUCUUCUGACUUUCUUCUCGAGUCUGCCAAGAUGCUUCACUAUGCUGGCUGGACGAAGACGUGCGACUCGCUGUUUGUCAUCUUCUCUCUGGUCUUCUUGGUGACGAGGCUGGUGGUGUUUCCAUGCAGAGUGAUCCACACAACCUUGGUGGUGUCUGUAGAAUUCUUCCAGCCCUUCUUUGGUUAUUAUUUCUUCAACGCCCUUCUGUUAGUGCUGCAAGCCUUGCACAUCUUCUGGGCUAAUCUCAUCCUGCGCAUGGUCUACAAAUUUGUGUUCCUGGGAAAGGUGGAGCGUGACGAACGUAGCGAUGAGGAAAGUGAGGUGGACAAUGAAGAGGAGGAGGCUGAGGAAGAAGAGGACGAGUGCAGCUGGGAGCAAAGAAAGGGCGCAAUCAACUCCAAACUGGCAUCAUUGGCUAACAACUGUGUCCUGAACAACCUGACCAACCAGAGGAACAUAAACAGCAGACUGCCCAAAGCCAGAUAGUGGCGCAACCUCCUUACACGUCAAACAAGUCUUACCAGAAGAUUGUAUUAUUUACCCUUUCUGCCUAUUGGUGAUUACUGAUUAACUAAUUUUUGACAUAUGAUACACACACAUGGCUUGUGUACAUUCCACUGAUGAUUUCAGACAAGGGUUGGUCUGCAUCUUGCUUAUCUUCAAAAAAAGAAGGUGAAGAAGUACAGAUGAUUGUAAAUCUGCUCUCCCAUUGUGGGAUUAGGAAGAAACGCCAUCAUUACUGUUACCCAUACCACUGCAUACUGGUAAAAUAUCUAUGACAAAACAAGGAGUGAAAUUUCCUGGGCAACAAAUGAUAUGUGUUUUUGCAUAUUUUGUAUUUAUGCUGUUUGUUUUCAUUGUAUUAUAAUUACUAGUUUGUAAAUACAUAAGGAUACAAGUUGCCGACCUGUGCUAUAAUGCAUUUAUCCUUUCUUUGGUCAACAAGGAAAACAAAAUGUGUUUUACACAAAUUCAAACUGUUCUAAUCUAAAAUAAUAUGUUUAAGACAGAGCAAACCUAAGCUAGAAUGUAAUAGUAAUUCACUCUCCUUGCUUUGCUUCCACAUACACGGUACGUUUGAUUGAACAUAGGCUAUUAAAGACUAUUGAUUCUAGUAUAUCUGUUGAUUAACCACUUCAUUUAUCUGUUUUUUUAUGUACAGGUAAAUUUUAUGUUGUUGCAAUUUGUGACCGAAUCUAAAAGGCUACCGCAGAAGUCCCUUAAAGUUAUAUAUUUUCUGUGAAAGGAUUUGAUUUAGGUUUAAGCUCACUUCUUAGAAGAAAUAUGGUGCCCUCUGGUGCAAAAAGAAGAAUGUAUCCUUGUAGAGAAAGUACUCUCCAUGUCUGACAAAAAUGAUGCCUUUACAAAAAGAGGUGACGGCUCCUAAAAAUAUGGACCUAAACCACA